AUAGUUUGGAUUAAGUCAUUAUUAAGCCUACAUCUACAAUACACACUUGACCGUGAAAGUCGUCGGUAGUUAUUAAUAAUGGUUCCUGUGGGUUUUAUCUAUUUUCGUUAUUACGUCAAAUAGUGUAGGUAGUGAAUGAAUUUGUGGUUUUUUGAUUUCAGUGCGGUGAUAAAAAUAUAAAGUGAAGAGAGAAAUGAUUAAUGUAAUGUUGUAAUAAUGACAAUAUCAAUGAAGGAACAAGAGCCUGUGCCUGGGGAGAUCUCAUUUCCUCUGGGAAAAUUGAGAAUCUUAGAAGAAAAAAUUUCAAGCCCUCGUUGGGUUGUGCCUGUGCUGCCUGAACAGGAGUUAGAGAGUUUACUUAUUGCUGCCACAGAGCUUGCAGCCAAAGGUGAAGAUGUCAAUAACCCAGGCUGUCAGCGUUUCUACAAUGAUGCACUCACAUUAUCAUUUACAAAGAUUCUUACUGAUGAUGCAGUAUCAUCAUGGAAGAUUAAUAUACAACAGUGUGUUCGUUCAAACUGCGAGAAACUUGUUAAAUUAUGUGCCAUGAAACUUGAUGAUCCCAGAUUCUUGAAUCUUCUUUCUAUGGCAUUAAAUCCUAACAAUAAGUUUCACACAUUUAAUGCGUCAAGAACAUGUGAAGGCCUAACUACAUCUACUUCACCGGCUAACGGUCAAGGGUCUACUCAAGAGCCAGAGGUUUAUGCCAAGUCACAAGAUCACAGGACACCCAGAGGAUGGCUAGUUCAUCUUAUUAAUGUAUUUGGUCAGACUGGUGGGUUUUCUAAAAUAAGGGAACGAUUUGAAAUCAUAAUGGGUUUCAAAAAGACAGAAUUGACAACAUCUGUGAACGAAGAGAAAGUUAUCAAUGAGAUCACUGAGAGUGAGGAUCAGAAAGUGGAUGUCACUGAUAGCAUAAUCAGCACUACUGACAAUAUGGAGGGUUCAAUAUCGUCUCGUUCUGAACAGCCGUCUUCUCUAGAGAUGUCUACAUCGGGUGAGAGCAGAGUUGCGGCUGUAUGGCAAUUAUUGAAGCCGCUUGGACUUUGCCACGACCUACUGACGCCUCACACGGUCACCGUUUAUCUUUUGCCGGUUCUGGAAUGUAUCCCGACCCUUCUAGAAAGUCUGACUGAUGACGAGUUGAAACGCGAAGCGCGAGGGAGCGAGAACAAGACUGAUACAGUAUCGUGUUUGAUAAAGGCAUGCAAAUAUGUUUCUGUAAGGACACCGAACUAUCACAGCCUACUUAAAUCUUUGGAAAUGUUUCGGCUGAAGAUGAUACUGCGACUAUUACAAAUGUCGUCGUUUAACGGGAAAAUGUCGGCGUUGAAUGAAAUAAACCAACUCAUAAGUACGAUUUGCCAACAGCCGAAGCCGGAGUGGUUGACGCCGGCCGUGAUAACGACAUGGAUAAGAGAAAAUGGAGUAGUUGAUAUAGUAUUACGUGAUUCCUUACACCAGCCCCAAUAUGUUGAACGGUUGGAGAAAAUGCUUAGAUUUAUGAUAAAAGAGAAUUCCCUCACGAGAGAGGACUUGGACGCAAUAUGGAAGGCCCAGCACGGGAAACACGAGGCGAUUGUUAAAAAUCUACACGAUUUGUUGGCUAAGCUGGCUUGGGACUUCACGCCUGACCAGUUGGAUCAUCUUUUUGAUUGUUUUAAGGCUAGUUGGUCUUCAUCAAGUAAGAAACAAAGUGAUAAAUUAUUAGAAGUGAUAAGGAGGCUGGCUGAGGACGAUAAGGACGGUGUUAUGGCGAAUAAAGUGUUAGUACUGUUUUGGAAUUUGGCACACUCCGAUGAUGUCUGCACAGAAAUUCUCGAUUCGACUUUGGCAAAUUUCAUAAAAAUACUCGACUAUAGUUGUAGUCAAGAUCGCGAUGCGCAGAAAACACAUUGGUUAGACAAAUGCGUGGAGGAACUAAAGAGCAAUGAGAAGUGGGUGUUGCCAGCAUUAAAAAUGAUGCGUGAUAUAUGUUGUCUGUACGAAUCCGGUGGGAAUGCGGGCGUGAGGCCUCAUGUGACGCGGCAGGAGUUAAUAGAUCGACUACAGACGCAACAUUCCCUUGUUAUUCUGGUCACAGAUUCGCUCACACAUUAUAUGGAUAUGGUACGAGAGAAGAUGACAGCGGAAAGUGAACUAGAUUGGGACAGUUGGUUGCCAGAUGGAAGAUAUCCACACGCCGCGCAGGUACAUGAACGGCUCAGUUUCCUACGGUUUCUCUUGAAGGAUGGACAACUUUGGCUAUGUGCUGAACAGGCUAAACAGAUUUGGGUGUGUCUAGCCGAAAAGCCCGCACACAUCGGCGACCGUGAGGCGUGUUUCCGUUGGUUCAGUAAAUUAAUGGGCGAGGAACCAGAUUUGGAUCCAAAUAUAAAUUUACAUUUUUUUCGGCAAAACAUAAUGACGUUGCUACCAAAUCUUUUGACACACUCGGGGAUAAAGUGCUUCGAGAGGUUUUUCAAAGCCGUCAAUUCGAAGGAGGGGAAAUUGAAGGCGAGACGGCGUGGAUUCCUUCUUAACGAUCCAGAUCUCAUAGGAUUGGAUUAUCUAUGGAGGGUGAUAACGGAGUGUGAUGAUGAGAUAUCAAGCCGUGGUAUAGAGUUGCUCCGCGAGACGUGCACCUGUACGGGCCCGUCUCUAUCGCCCGCACAACAGCACGAGGCGUUUCUCACUCAGUGCUGUGCGCGUACGCAGAGGCUGCAUAGCGAAAUGGUUGAUGAUGACGCAUCGCAGUGUUGUACAAAAAUGUGUAGAGUGAUUCGUGCCAUACAAGAAUAUAUAAACGAAUGUGAUAGAAAAUUUUCGGCGGAUCGUCAAAUAUUGCCGAUCUACAGAUCGGGCAGAGGGCGCCAGUGUACAAUUAUAGUGAGAUUCAAUUUUCAAACAGGCCAAAGACAGAUUGAUGAUAUCGAACUGUUUUCACACUCGAACGAGACACUUCAUUCGUUGCGUGUGGCUGUGCAAAGGCGGUUAAAGUGCUCGUCCGAGAGCAGUAUUAAACUAGAAAUGUAUAUAAAUAAGUUAGAAUUAUAUGUAAAUGGAGAACUUUUGGACUCGAGUCAUGACCGGAAGAUUCUCUCACAAAUACAUUUAAGGGACAAAACCAUAUUGGUUGCUAAGGUUUACGACGGACAGGUAUGUGGUAGUGGUGGAUGCGGUUCGUCAAAUGAAUCCAGUAGCGAUAGUAGCGCAACAUCGCCACCCCUGCCACCCACUGCGGAGCACGCACUCCCGGGAGUUUUAUUCGCACAAGGAACCUGGUACCUCCCAUUCAUUUUGGAGUUGGAACACAUCGGCAUCACAAAGGGGCACGCUCCGUUGACUGAGGCAGCCCAUUUGCUGUCACAAAUAUGCCCACCUCAUAAGCUAACUGUAGAGAAACUAACGGAGGCACUCUUGUCUCGGGAUGACUCGAAACUGAAAGAUAUACUGUAUGGCCCAUCACCACCCACCGUUGCUUAUAAUAUAGAGGUCUUAUACAGUAUGGUUAUGCCGUCAUCGGAUACGAGACUCGAGCGAAACAGAAGUUUUCAGUUGGCUUGUGUUAAGAAGGCCCCACUGUUAGUACAAUGUCUGUCGAACGGGGAAUUUCUGAAGGGUGCCGCACCGCAUACUAGAAGAGUGGGCUAUCUAGCUCUGGUAAGACUUGCGAAGUUGGCUCUGUACACUUUGGGACACCUCUUCGAAAUUCUGGCACCAGAUGGAACUGAUGCUGCGCUUGAUAAGGAUUUUAGAAUGGAUGUCACAAUACUACGCGAGGCAUUGCAGUCAGUCCCGAAUCAUAAUUGCGAGAUUAUUGUUAAAGCGAUUGCUGAGAAACUCGCCACUACACUUGCUGAACAGGUGGUAACAAGUGGUGAAGACAGCGAUUCUGUAUCGUCACUUGUGUGGUGGCGAGUGCCGACAGCAGCAACGGUACGGGCUUUGUACGCACUCACUUACUCUGUGGCCCAACCCCUGGAAGUCACCGGAUUGGUGCACUCGGAUGACGUCACACUGGUCCGGGAAUGUAUGGAAGUUGUGACGAUUUGUAUGGCGUUUGGAGGUGGACAUCUGGAGGAUCUGCUGCAUGAGUCGUGGUGGCAGGACACGGCUUUGUACCUGAUGAUUGAUUGCCCGAGUGCUCAGGUGCGAGUAUCGUGCGCUGAGCAGUUGCUGUCUAUGUGCGGAUGGGGCGGCGGCGGGGGGGCGAGGGGAGCGCUGUUGGCCCUGGGAGGGGCGGGUGGAGCGGCCACUUUGCCCCGCCUCACUCAGCAUUCGAGGAACGCCCAUCAGUUUCUGCAGCUCUUGUGCCGGCUGGUGGCCUUAGCCGGACCCACCGCUAAAACUUUGGAGGAUCUUUCUACUGAAGUGGCCUGGCUGCGGGCAUUACGAGAUAAUCCCGAAACGUUAGACGACACAUUGCUCGAAGGCCACUUGAAUUUGACGAAGGAGCUCUUCACACAUGUUCCUGCGCAGGUUAAGUUUCAAUAUGGCGCUCAUCCGGACCACAAGGAUUCGGGCUUGUUAAAGGAAGUGGUAACGGAAUUUCUGUGGCCGUACUCGUGGGCGUGGUGUCGAAUGUCAGAAUACGACAGAGGAGAGGGUAGCGGCGAAGACAUUCCAACACCGCUCUGUCGUACCGCCGGCUCAGUGGCUGCAGCCACGGAUUUGCUGUUAUCCCUCGUGCACGGAUGCCUUCCCAAUAUGGCGGCCUUGGCCAAUCUAUUGCAUUUAAUGUUCUAUAGCGACAGGAACAUGCCGCUCGCGGAAUGGGAGUAUAUGCCGUGUGUUGGACCACGCCCUUGUGCUGGUUUAGUGGGUUUGAAAAAUGCUGGCGCCACUUGCUACAUGAACUCUGUAUUGCAACAAUUGUACUGCGUACGCGCUGUUCGGGAUUCCCUACUCACUGUACAAGGAGCGGCGACGGAUCCUAACGAAGAUUUCUCCGGUGAGAUGCAUCAUAAUAUGAUGGAAAAUAAUAUUGAGAAUAGCGCCGAGUACAACAUCACCAUACUGAAGCAGGUUCAGGCGAUAUUUGCACAUUUGCACUACAGCAAGCUUCAGUAUUACGUGCCGAGAGGACUUUGGGCUCACUUCAGAUUACAAGGCGAACCAGUGAAUCUACGCGAGCAACAAGAUGCGGUGGAAUUCUUCAUGUCGCUCGUCGAGUCUUUGGAUGAAGCUCUUAAAUCGUUGGGACAAGAGCAAUUGAUGGCUAAGACAAUGGGAGGCACAUUCUCAGACCAGAAGAUUUGCAAAGGUUGCCCGCACAGAUAUUGCAAGGAGGAGCCGUUUAGUGUAGUGUCGUUGGAUAUACGGAAUAUGUCUCGGCUUCAAGAAUCGUUGGAGGCGUACGUACGAGGCGAAUUGCUGGAGGGUGCCGACGCAUAUCAUUGUGAUAAAUGUAGCAAGAAGGUGGUGACAGUCAAACGGUUAUGUUUAAAUAAACUUCCCCCAGUCCUAGUCAUCCAGCUUAAACGUUUCGAAUACGACUUUGAAAGAGUGUGUGCAAUUAAGUUUAAUGAUUAUUUCGAGUUCCCGCGGGAUCUAGAUGUCGAACCCUAUACAGCCUGGGGUCUGGCAAAGGCGGAGGGGGAGACCAUAUGGGAGGGAAGUGAGGAUGCUGAACAGGACCCACGGUGCACGCAGUACGAACUCAGUGGCAUUGUGGUCCAUUCCGGUCAGGCCUCUGGUGGCCAUUACUUCUCAUAUGUGUUAUUGAGGGACACGGGUUCGGCUGGUCGGUGGGUAAAGUUGGACGAUGGGGAGGUAUCGGAGUGUGCCAUGCACGAUGAUGACGAGAUGAAGGCGCAGUGUUUUGGAGGAGAAUACAUGGGCGAGGUAUUUGAUUCAACUAUCAAAAGGAUAUCAUACAAACGCCAAAAGAGGUGGUGGAACGCCUACAUGUUGUUUUACACACGGAAGGACACGAUCAGCACCUCACUGGAACAAACUAUGAAGAGUAUGACUCUGAAAGAGAGUACAAUACCGAAACCAAUAUGGAACUCGGUACGUCGCAGCAAUAUUGCGUUUUGUCACAACCAGGACCAAUUCAGCUUGGAGCACUUCAACUUUAUGAAGAAGUUGUGUUGUAUGCGGCUGCAUCCCGGAUCGCAGAGCGCAGUUUGGGGUCCAGAACACGAAGAGAUGUCAAUGCUAGCGGUGCAGUUGGCCACCAAGUUCCUCUUUCAAAUUGGCUUUCACACGAAGAAAACUCUACGGGGUCCAGCGACGGAUUGGCACGAUAUAAUUUGUCAGCAUCUAAGGUGCUCACAGACAGUCCGGGCUUGGUUUGCAACAGACCUCUUCAAACAUACACACAGGUUAGGCGACUAUCUCCUCUCAUGUCCUACAAGCGAUGUCCGAAUAGUAUUCAUGAAGAUUAUCGUAUUCCUGGCCCACUUCUCCACACAGGAUCCGCCAGUGAACAAUGGCUACAGCUCGUGGUGUAGCCGCGAAGAAGUGACAAGUCUUUCCGAUCAAGUAUUAUGUUGCGCGCGUGCGCUGGCAGCGCCAGAUGCGCAUACGCACCGACUGCCGCCGCAUCUGCCUUUGUUAUUUAACCUAUUCCACGCGUAUGCUAUGCUGGGCUUGCAUGAGAAAUAUCAGCUGUUACGGCUGAAAAUGUUGGAUAUUGUCUUGUCUGUAUGCAUCGACGACACGUAUUCGUCACUUGGUAAAUAUCAGUAUCCCGAGUCGGCUAAAGUGCAUCAGGUGGUCUGUGCAUUAGUGCGCUGCUGUGACGUAAGCAGUCGUUGCCAAUCGGCAACUGCGGCCGAGGGGGCGUUGCCCUUGGCGAACCCAUACGCGGAACCUCCUCCCGCGGGACCCCGCCCUGCGCUCUCACCUGCCGCGGCAGAUGUACUUUAUAAUAAGACUGCUACAUACAUGAAGAAACUCAGCGAGGAGUGCUGUGGCUGCGAAGAAGGCAUCAGAUUGAUUCAGUUCCUGAGCUGGGAACACGCGGGCUGGUCUCGGGCUGCUCUCGCAGAGCUGCUUUGGCAGAUGGCCUGUGCCUACUGCCACGAACUGAGGAGGCACUGCGAUGCAUUGACCGCCUUAUUGCUGAUGGAAGACAGCUGGCAGCAACAUCGCAUCCACAAUGCUAUCAAGGGCGUGUCUGAAGAGCGUCAAGGUCUCCUUGAGACAGGCCUACGUGCACGCGGCCAUUACCAGAAGCGCACGUACGCGUGCGUGAAAUUGCUCGUUGGGGUGAUGUGUCGUACGCCGCUCGCGAUACGCGCCGUACAUUCGCAGUCGGAGCCGAGACGCAGAUGGAGGCAGUUGCUCGCCUGGCUUCAGGAUGAACUGGAUCGGUAUGGGUCUGGAUAUGGCUCGUAUGGCACAUGGUCACCACCCGGAACCUCUAAUGAGACCUCUAGUGGAUACUUCCUCGAACGCAGCAACUCCGCGAGGAAGACGUUAGAAAAAGCCUACCAACUGUGUCCGGAAGAGGAAGACGAAGAAGAAGAAAACCGAGACGGCUCCGGCUCCGUCAACUCUGGGGGCUCAGCGGAAGGUGGCGAAAGCGGGGAAGAGGAGCCCGAAGACCGACGGCCUCCCCUGGUCCUCGCGCCCCCCGACCCCCUGCCCCCCCAUUGAAGUAGUCCCGCGUACACCAUGAGCGGACGUCUCGUACUUUAGCAGCGAUAGGACUUUGCCUUUGUUAUUUCGAUCCAGUUGAGGCUUAUCGAGGUUAAAUUAGGAGAAUUUGAUUUAAUAUUGUUUCUGGCGUCUUUGUUGCUUCGUGUUAAGGUGCGUUUGUUGUUGACAGACGCUCGUGGAAUCCC